CUGCAGCUAGAGGCAGACGAGCACCAGCACCCGACCGGACACUGCUAAGCUUCAGCUCUCCACCAGCUCUCCACCACAGACUGAAGAAAUGACCUCCUCAUCUCUCCACCUCUCCCUCUCACUCAUGUGCCUGCUGGUGACCGUGGGCCUCAUAUCAUGUGGACGCUCCCACAUGGUGCUCAAUUCUCUGGAAGGCUCUCGUGGAGGUCCUGGUGGAGAGGAGAUCCCUGAAAGAUUUAACCUCCCUGACCUCCAGUGGAUGCUCAGCAACGAGCUCUCACCUGUCCAGGUAGAAGAGCCCCCUCAGCUGGUCCGGAGAGACAACACUGUCACGCCCAAACCCGUCAACUGCAUGAACUACUUCUGGAAGUCCAGGACGGCCUGCUGACCGACGUCCAGCAGUGUCCAGAAAGUGUCCCAGCCCAGCCUCUGUAAUUUAUGUGGUGAUUGUAGCACUUGUAGGACUGAAUGUUCCUCAGUCUCAGUAUUAUUCUGCUCUAAAGCACUAAAAAUGCUGGAAAUAAAGUGAAUUUAGCAUCAAAA